AUGUCUCGCACUUCAUCGACUGCGACUCCAACUUGGCACAACUUCGAGCGAAAGCUCGAAGAGGUCAAACCAUCCAAAACUGAUAUAAACUAUUUGGUCAUGGAUUACCUUGUCACGAACGGAUAUCCGGCUGCUGCGAAGAAAUUCGCAGCUGAAGCCAAUAUUCAACUCACGACUGAUCUCCAAGCUAUCCAAGAGCGGGUUGAUAUUCGCACUGCCAUUCACUCUGGUGAUAUCCAGGUGGCAGUGGAGAAGAUCAACGAAUUGAGCCCUCAGAUCCUUGACGAAGACCAAUCUUUACAUUUCGCCCUGCUGCGCUUGCAACUGGUUGAAUUGAUUCGAGUCUGCAUGGACACCCCUGGUAGCGACAUCACCUCGGCUCUUGACUUUGCCACGUCGCAACUGGCACCGCGCGCUCCCACAAACCCUGCCUUCCUAGCGGACCUCGAGCGGACGCUGGCCCUCCUUAUUUUCCCAAGUGAUAAACUGGACCCUGCAUUGGCGUCGCUCCUAGACCCGGCACUCCGUAAAGAAAUCGCAGCCCGAGUUAACGAGGCAAUUCUGCAGAAUCAGGGCGCUCGUAGAGAGGCCCGGCUGCGGAAUCUCGUGAAGCUCAGGGCUUUCGCCGAGCAAAAGGCGCGCGACACCAAGAAAGACAUCCCAGAUACCCUGGACAUCGGCUUGGUUGGCGAUUCUCAUAACACCAGUAACAGUAAUGAUCUCGCUACUAAUGUUAAUGACAUCGUGAUGUCUAACAGCGACAACGAUCAAAUGAUCUCUUGA